CACCCACCACCACUCCUCGAUCCCCACUUCACUCGCCGACGACCAAGCGGCCUCCGUUUCGGGUCGUCGUCGGCAGCCGGAGAGCGAGGCCGGGCAACCAAUUGUACCGUCGCCAGCGGGCGCAGUGGGCCCGUCGUCGGGACAUGGCCGGGCAGCCGCCGCAGGGCCCGGAGGACGACUUCCUCGACCAGUUCUUCUCCAUGGCCGGCGGCUCCUACUCCGCCACGGCCGCGGGGGGCGGCCGCGCCGCGGGGGACCAGCCCUUCUCCCUCGCGCUCAGCCUAGACGCAGCGGCCGCCGAGGCUUCCGGGAGCGGGAAGCACGAGGAGGGCGGCAAGGCGGUGAGAGCCCCUCCCUCGUCGGAUCGGGAGGCGGUGCAGCUCCCCGGGCUUUUCCCGCCGGUAUUCGGCGGUGGUGUGCAGCCGCCCCACCUCCGCCCCAGCCCGCCUACCCAGGUGUUCCACGCGCAGCAGCCGAAGCAAGGCGGGGCUGUCGGGCCUCAGCCGCCGGCACCAAGGCCGAAGGUGCGGGCGCGGCGUGGGCAGGCAACUGAUCCCCACAGCAUCGCAGAGAGGCUACGAAGAGAGAGAAUAGCAGAAAGGAUGAGGGCCCUACAGGAACUGGUGCCCAAUACAAACAAGACAGAUAGGGCAGCUAUGCUAGAUGAGAUCCUCGAUUAUGUGAAGUUUCUGAGGCUUCAAGUCAAGGUACUAAGCAUGAGCAGGCUGGGCGGUGCUGGUGCUGUUGCGCAACUGGUUGCUGAUAUCCCUCUUUCAGUUAAGGGGGAAGCAAGUGAUAGUGGGAGCAAACAGCAGAUUUGGGAAAAGUGGUCAACGGAUGGCACAGAAAGACAGGUCGCAAAGCUGAUGGAAGAAGACAUUGGGGCAGCGAUGCAAUUUCUCCAGUCCAAAGCACUCUGCAUGAUGCCAAUCUCGCUUGCCAUGGCAAUCUAUGACACACAACAUUCUCAGGAUGACCAACCAGUGAAGCCAGAACCCAACACCCCUUCCUAGUACAGUAGCAGCAACAUAGCAUGCAUCCUUACAACUACUAGCAGGCGUCAAUCUAUCAAAGUGAAAGAUAAACUGCUGGUUUAGAUUCACUAACAAGGAGGCAAGAAAAGACCUAAAAGAUCCUCUCCACUUGAGGUUGUACCAAUGGUAUAUGAUAUCACCUUCCCUUUCCAAUCUUUUUUUCAAAGGUGCUUUAAUUGCAAGGAUAUGGUAAGCAAUAACCUGCUCAUGCUCCUACAUCUUUCAAUGCCCCCUAUGAGUGUGAGUGAUGGAGAGAGCUACUAAAGAGUCUGGCAUGCUCUCAUAAUGUUUCUUUCCGGGUCUGUAGUGCACUAGCCAUACACUUUGUGGUGGGGACUGCUUUUUCGGUAGUGGGUGUAUGGACUAAUCAAAAGGGAUUGAUGUAUGAGUGUGUCUGCUGCCUGCACAAAUGGUUGACAAAAUUUGAAUACAAGAUGAAAUGGAAGAUGGUGUUGAUAGUGAUGUCCAUUCUUCUCCAUUUUUUCAAAGUGGAGGGCCGAGGCUUUGGUCAAUGGAGGCUGAGCAUGCAUUUUGGCGUGCUAGUGGGUCUGCUAUCUACAUGCGAUACUUUUAUUUCUAUCGAUGCACACUCUUGAUAAGAACAUUCAUAUAAAGUUGGGAUGAGAUUAAUCCUUAAAAGUA